AUGGCUGCAUCAUGUCUCUCCAGACAACUUUCUCACAAACCAAUCACAGCCUCCCAGUUUCUGGAGCAUUUCCAGCGAGCAUGGAGCGAGUCGCGUCUCUCCUGGGGCGGACGACAGGCCAAUCGCCGUAUCCCUCGUAACCUGGGUUUGGCCGUCAGCGGCGGCGCAGACUCUAUGGCUCUGGCCUUCCUUUGUAGACAACUACAAGAACAGAACCUUGUGGAUGGGUUGACCGUCACAGCUUUCGUCGUCGACCACAAAGCCCGAGAGGAGAGCAGCCGGGAAGCCCGAACUGUAGCUACAUGGCUGAGUGAUAUCGGCCUACAAGCACAAAUUCUCGAGCUCGACUGGCCUCAGGGCACCAACGUCUCCGCGUUCGAGACCCAUGCCCGACGUCUGCGCUUCCAGGCGCUCGGCAUAGCCUGCCGAGAUAGACGCAUCAGCGCCCUCCUGAUGGGCCAUCACCAGGACGACAACGUCGAGACGACCCUCUGGAGGCUGUGUUCCGGCGCCCGAGGUGCCGGCCUGGCCGGUAUCCCGCCCAUCGCCCGGAUCCCAGAGUGUCAUGGUCUCUACGGCGUCUCGGAGAGUGGCUCGUCGGCGGUCCUCCGGCCUCGUGACGACAGAGCAGGCGCACCCUCUGCUCUUGUCGGGAACCCGACCACACUGCAAGUGCAGGACAAGGACGAGGACAAGCAACCGGGCUUCCACAUGGCCACCGGCGGCAUCCUCCUCUGCCGGCCGCUUCUGGCCUUCCCCAAGGCCUCCCUCCUCGCAACCUGCCACCAACACCGCAUCCCCUACGUCUCAGACCCGACAAACUUCGAUCCAACCCUCACCCCGCGCAACGCCAUCCGCAGCCUCCUGUCCCCGUCUUCCCCCCCGCUCCUCCCGCGCGCCCUACAGGCCCCUUCCAUUCUCUCCCUCAUCAAAUCAAGCCACGCCCUAAUCGAAGACGCCAUCGCCCACUCCAACAACCUGCUAUCGCAAUGCCGCCUCCUAGACUUCAACCCAAGCACAGGGACAAUGCUCAUCCGAUUCCCCAGCUCGCAGACGCAGCCGCAGUCGCAACCGCCCACCCGCACCCCUCAUUUCCAAACCCAGGUCCAAUCUCUCACACUCCGCCGCAUCACAGAACUCAUCUCCCCACACCCGCACAACCACUUCCCCCUGCCUAGCUUCGAGAAGUUCACCGCAGAAGUAUUCCCCUCCUCGUCCUCGUCAUCAACCCCAACGAACCGCCUCCCCUUCACACUAGGGGGCAUCAUGUUCCACCCUUUCCAACCCACGUCCACCUCUACCCCCAACCGGAAAAACCAUACAGAAAACGGAAAUACAUGGCUCCUCACUCGCCAACCAUACAUGCGCAACCGCGCCCCCUCACUAGCCCUCAAACUCCCCGACCGGGAGUCAGAGGACAUGUACUCGCCCUGGAAGCUGUGGGAUAAUCGGUACUGGGUGCGGGCCGCCGUGGUCCCGGAUACGGGAGAGCGAGACCCCGACAUGAGUGCGCAUUACACGCAGUCCGAGCUCGAUGGGGUCCGUCGGUGCUAUGACGCGGAAGGGUUGUCUCUGGUUGUGCGGCCGCUGCGGCAGUCCGAUUUGCAGGUCAUUCGGGGCAUGAUUGAUGGACAGGGUCGUGGGAAGAAGCAUCAUCCUCCGGCUUUGGCAGCGCUCCUGAAGCGCCUGGCGCUCGAAGCUCCGGGGCAAGCCCGCUUCACCGUUCCUGUGCUGGUUGUUCAAAAGAACUCUGGUGAUAAUGCACGCCAAGUGCCGCUGGCGCUUCCCACAUUAUCUUGCAGGUUACUUUCCGCUUCUCAAGCGCAAAGUCUACUCCAGACUUCAAUGCCUUGGACCGUACGUUGGCAAUGGAUGUACAAGAUGAUCGAUCAGGAUCCUCUCAAAUUGAUGGGUUGGUUAUAA